CGAACCGAGCGGAGCCGAGCCGAGCCGAGCGGAGCCGAGCAGCCGGUGAGUGCCGAACCGAACCGAGCUGAACCGAGCCUAGCCGAGCAGAGCCGAGCAGCCGGUGAGUGCCGAACCGAGCUGAACCGAGCCGAGCCGAGCCGAGCAGCCGCCAUGGCUGAGGAGCUCGGGGAGCUGCUCAGGGAGUUCGACGAGGUCAUGGAGCACUUUGAGCGGGGCCCCGCCAGUCAGUACCAGCAGCACCUGCAGGAGCUGAAGAGGAAAGCGGGACAGAGCGUGUAUGACAGUGGCAUCGAUGAGCUGGAGAGUGCCAGCACGUCCCCAGGCAGCAGCCUCAGCUCCAGUGAGGAGCACCUCAACACCCCAGCUGACACUUACCCCACCAAAGCAAAGCUUGGAGACACGCAGGAGCUGGAGGAGUUCAUUGCAGACCUGGAUAAAGCCUUGCAGGCCUGUCACCAUCCCGUGUGUCAUCCUGCAGAGAUGUGAGCUGUGGUGGGCAGAGGAGCAGCCCCAGCCCCGAGUGUCCCCGGUGCCACCUCUGCUUCUGCACCCCUGGCUGGGGACAGGGACGGGCAGCGGGACGUGGGACGAUAGCACAGCCCUGCCAGCGCCAGGAGGGGACAGCUCUGCGCGGGCUCUGGGGACUUUGGGGUGACCUGGGCCACUGCUGAAGCCCCCAGAGUGAUUCUGGGGAAGAUGAUCUUGCAGGACAUCGGUGUGACCUCGGUGUCCCCCCCAGGCCGGGAGGGCCCAUCCUUGGUGGCAUCUGCCACUGCUGAGCUCUGCUUUGCAUGGGGAGCCCCAAGUCGGGCUCCUCUCUGCCCCCCAAAUGCCUCUGCCCCAGCUGCUGCUGGAAAUACUGUAAAAAUGAUGUUUUGUGCUGUACAAAAGAGGGGACGUGGUUCUGGAAACAAGAUUUUAAACCUC